AUGGGGCCAUAUAAUAAGGCAUCGGUUAUCCUUGACACCUCCGAGCGAGCGACGAUGGAGCUCAUCAGCGUGCUCAGGAUUUUAGUUGUGGCUCUAUUGCUACACAUGAUUUACGCGCUUUAUGCAUCAUGGCAUUAUUCCCGCAAGGGUCGCAGCUUAUGCUGCCUUAGUCUCCCCCUUUUACCUUGCAUAGAUCCGAUGGGCUUCACCGACCUGUUGCAGUCAUUAGCCGCUGAUAGAGUGAAGCUCUUGCCAGAGUUACUCGAACGCAGAUUUUGGACUAUGGGUGAGCUGCAGAUGGAUACGUCUCUAGCACGGCCGAUCCGAAAAACAUAUAAUCGCUACUCACUACACAUUUUCCGAACUUCGAGCUUGGUAGUGUUCGACGGGAUAGUUUUGUGCCCACUCUUGGGUAAUGGAAUAUACUUCUUUGGUGCAAUAGAUACUUACCAAUACUUUAUUUCACGGCGGAUGGAGAGCAACGGUCGCACUCACGCACUCUACUACGGCUUUAAUUUACGCACAAUCAGAUCAGCCAGCUCGACCUAG